AUGCCGUCAAUAGGAAUUGGGAUUUGGUUAUUGUUGAUCUGUGCCGUUGGGUAUUGCUUUACCAAUGCUGAAGUGGAAAUAUUUCAAUUACAGCAAGAGCUUGUAAAGAAAUAUGGAUCAGAUAUUGAUUUCUACCACUUUUUGAAAUUGCCUAAUCUACAGGGAUCAACUGCUAAGGAGAUUACCAAGAAUUUUAGGAAAUUGUCUAAGAAGUACCAUCCUGAUAAGAAUAAGAAGUUCAAGAAGUUGUACGGUCGUCUCAAUAUUGCUACGCAAGUUUUAACAAAUGAAAACACCAGAAAGACUUACGAUUACUACUUGAAACAUGGUUUCCCAGAUUAUGAUUUUAGCAAAGGUGGAUUUUUCUUCAGGAGGGUUCAGCCUAAGACGUGGUUCAUUAUACUCUUCGUGUAUACAUCGGCAAGUUUAAUCCAUUAUAUUCUACUGAAAACACAAGCACAAAGUCAGAGGAAGAGAAUUCAAUUCUUCAUCGAUCAAGUGAAGAGUCAAGAUGAUACCCGUGGACUUGGUGAAAAAAAAUUGGCAUUCCAACAGCAUGCUGAAGAUGAACCAAGAGAAAUUACAAUUCGUUACGGUGAUGUUUUCAUAACGGAGGAAGAUGGUGCUGAAACAGCAAUUUCUCCUGAUACGGUACCAGAACCAGGUGUGCUGGAUACUUUAUUCUUCAGAUUACCAUGGAUUAUAAUUAGGCCAUUCGUUAAACCAUUGCUUAAACCUUUCGUCAGUGAUAAGAAACAAGAGAGAUCAAAGAAAUCGGAGAAAGUAAAUUUAGAGGUAGAUGUGCAAGACUCAAAGCCUAAGAAAAAUGCAACGACUAAAUCAAAUCAAAAAGUCUUAGCCAAUGGAAAAGUUUUAACAGCACGUAAGAGGAAAUGA